AUGGGCCUGGCCAGAUUCUGCCCUGGGUCUCAUGUUCUCUGGGCAUGGCCGGGUCUUGUUCAAGCCGAGCGGCAAGCGGCCUGGAUCCGCAAUGCCAGGCCUCGCAAAGUGACGGGGCGGGCGACAGGUGAGGCUCAAAACCGCAUUGUGGAGAAGUCACCCCCAGGGGCUCUGUCUCAUCUCUCGGUUGUGUUUCCGACCGCCUGGGGUCGUGUUGUUCACCUGCGCGGCAGACAAGUGGCUGCAAGUUCUGCGCCAACGGAAGAUCUCCUCAGGGACAUUGACACACUCGCCCCAAAUAUCUUGACUCGUGAGUGCACAUGA